CGGGGAUAUUCAGGCGUUAUUUUCUUGUCGUCGUAUUUAAUCUUCUAUCUGUUACUCACCCAGGUAAGAAUAAUGAGAAAGAGACUUGUCAGAAAGACAUUUGACAUGAUCCAGGAUCUUUCUGAAAGUGAUGACAAAGAGGAUUACAAAAAAUUCUGGGAGAAUUUUGGGAAGUUUUUGAAGUUAGGAUGCAUUGAAGACACUGGAAAUCACAAGAGGAUAACGCCAUUGUUGAGAUUUUUCUCUUCCAAGAGCGAGGAAGGGUUGGUCAGCUUGGAUGACUAUGUUGAGAACAUGGGUGAGAACCAGAAUGCUAUCUAUUACUUGGCAACUGAUAGUUUAAAAAGUGCCAAGUCUGCUCCUUUCUUGGAGAAAUUGGUCCAGAAGGAUAUAGAGGUGCUAUGUUUAAUUGAGCCAAUUGACGAAGUUGCCAUCCAGAAUCUACAGACUUACAAGGAAAAGAAAUUUGUUGACAUCAGCAAGGAAGAUUUGGAGCUUGGGGACGAGGAUGAGGUUAAAGAAAGGGAAACUGAGCAAGAGUAUAAUCUUCUUUGCGACUGGAUAAAGCAACAGCUUGGUGAUCAGGUUGCAAAAGUGCAAGUGUCAAAGCGUUUAAGCUCAUCACCAUGUGUGCUUGUUUCUGGAAAGUUCGGAUGGUCUGCAAAUAUGGAAAGAUUGAUGAGAGCACAGACACUUGGAGACACUUCAAGCCUCGAGUUCAUGAGGGGAAGGAGAAUACUGGAGAUCAAUCCUGGUCACCCAAUUGUCAAAGAUCUGAAUGUAAGAUUUUAUGCUUUUGUUUGAAGGGCAGAUGUAGAUGAUG